AGCUGUGUUUACAUUAGCAUAUUGGCAAAUGGUCAUUGACAACCAUAACAUUUAACAAGCAAAUGAGUUAUUCAAAUGUUAUAUAUGCCUUCCUGAUGGGCUGUGCUUACAGUUGACUGUCAUAAAACGUUCAGACGAUAAUCUUGAAUAAUCGCUUCGAAACACAGGGGUACUUUAGUGCGGAAGUUUUCAGACUGUGAACUUGUGUCUCCACCUGGCGGCCGUACGAUGAAUCUCCUCUUAAUUCUAUUGGUUUGGUCUGAACGAGAUCCCCUACAUCGACUACUCAUUCAAUGCCCAUUAGACUAGUAAGUCUGAUGUUUAUUCCGCUGUCAUGCCUUUAUCUUUCGCACUGUUAUGAUCUCUCUAAUAAUAUUUAGGAAAAUCAGCAUGUACGCUGAUAGAAUUAUUUGGUUGAGUUUAUACAGCUACGCAACAGAUUGUAAUCUGGUCCAUUUUUAACUCUUUUAACUUUUCACGACAUUCAUUUCUUUUAAUAUUUACUCGUAGCAGAUACUGGAACACAUCCAUAUGUCAGAAUGAGUUUAGCUUUCAGCAGGGCUCCCCGGAAGACUGCGGGCAACCGCAUGUCCAGACUGCUGGAUGCAGAAGAGGAGGAUGAGUUCUACAAGACCACCUAUGGAGGAUUUCACGAUGAAUCAGGUGAUGAGGAGUAUAAAGGCGACCUGUCUGAAACAGAGGAUGAGGUGGACAGCGACUUUGACAUUGAUGAAGGUGAUGAACCCGACAGCGAGCAGGAAGAGGAUGGACCACGGAGGAAGAGCAGAGUGGUGACCAAAGCUUACAAGGAGCCAGUUAAAGUGGUAAAGCAGAAACCAAAACCACGGAAACCGACUGAGCUGCCCAGAAGGAUAGACAAGACAAAGAUUAACAAAUACAAUCCCCCUGAACUACAAGAGGACAUCAGCAAGAACAGGAAGUCGGUUCGUCAGUCCACAACCGAACACACACGACUGACAUACCUAAGGCUGCAAGAAAGACAGGUUGCUCCCCGCCGAAGGAAAGGUACGAGACACGAGCGACCUUUGACCCAGGCUGAACUUUUGGCAGAGGCCAAGGUCACAGCAGAGAUUAAUCUCCGAUCACUGGAAAAUUAUGAGCGUUUGGAGGCCAAUAAGAAGAGACAGGUCCAUAUGAAGCGUCAGUGUGUGGGUUCUGUUAUCCGGUAUCACUCUGUGCUAAUGCCCCUUGUGUCUGACGUCAGUCUCAAAGAGGAGAAUGUGGAUGUAGAGGGGUUGGACCAAGAUGCCCAGCAGAAUCCAGGCUCCCAACCUACUCAAUCAGACUCAAUCCUUACUACACCGAGUGCCCUAUCCAAUGCAGCUGCAGUAAACGCUUCUGUGCCACCAGGGGCUGCCAAAUGCUCCCGCACCUACAUCACAUUCAGUGAUGAUGAAACCUUCCAGCAUUUUUUCUCCCAUUCCCAGGCUCCUCGCAUACCUGCCCAAGAGGUCUGCCCUGUUACCCAUAAGCCUGCGCUCUACCGAGACCCCAUCACAGACAUUCCGUAUGCUAAUGUACAGGCAUUUAGGAUUAUCCGGGAGGCCUAUAAAAAGUAUGUGGCUGCUCACGGGCUGCCCUGCACUGGCACUGUGACCCCAACUGACACCACUGCAAAGAAUCUACGCCAGAAGAUCAUUAUUAAACAAGGCAUGUAGAAAAAUACACAAGAUGGACAAUGGAUAGAGAUGGAGAAUAAAGGACAGAGGUGAAUUAGUUUAUCUAUCUAUCUAUCUAUCAUCUCUGAUGAUAUACAACUACGUAAAACUGUGUGCUCUAUCACCUCUGAUGAUAUACAACUACGUAAAAAUGUGUGCUGUAAAUGUCUGUUCUGUCAGUGUAUUCGUAAGUGUAUUGAGCUGCAUUGUUUAAUGUGUUAUUCCAACUAAAACUGGAAAUUUUGAAUGUAUUGUUUGUAAUGUUGAUAUUUUGCUGCCAUACUGUUAUGUCCAUUUAUUUAUUAUUUUUUAAA